CAAUCUUGUGCACUAUCUAUCUUAGCAAAACUGAAAUAUACAAACGGUGCAUGUGACACUUCGAGAUCUCAUCACCAAGAUAACCCCCUAUAUCCUCUGUUUGGUAGUGAUGAAAUAUAUUUGAGUGGUGUACGUAAGAAUCAGAAGGUUUCCUUUUACAUUAAUACAAUCCCAUAUAUACAUUCCCAAGUACUCCACCUUUCAGUUACCAAACUUUAACGAGUAUAUAUGUCUUUAACGUCCCCAUAAAGACGAAGUUAAGUGUACCAGCUGCUGCUUCAGCUUCCUUGCUUAUCUUAGUGGGGAGAGAGAGAGAGAGAGAGAGAUGGAAUGGCGCUGGCUACAGUUUUGGGUUAUGGUGGUGGUGGUUCUGAUUACUGAUGAGAGGGUUUCUGUUAGUGGAGGAAAUGUGACCUACGACGGAAGAUCUCUCAUCAUCGACGGCCAAAGAAAGAUUCUUUUUUCAGGUUCUAUUCACUAUCCUCGGAGUACACCUGAGAUGUGGCCAUCUCUGAUCGGAAAAGCCAAGGAAGGAGGACUUGAUGUGAUUCAAACCUAUGUGUUUUGGAACCUUCACGAGCCUCAACCGGGUCAGUACGAUUUCAGUGGAAGAUAUGAUCUAGUAAAGUUCAUAAAGGAAAUCCAAGCACAAGGGCUUUAUGCUUGCCUUAGGAUUGGACCAUUCAUUGAGAGUGAAUGGACAUAUGGGGGUUUUCCAUUUUGGCUGCAUGAUGUCCCAGGCAUAGUUUACCGCACAGAUAAUGAGCCCUUUAAGUUUUACAUGCAAAAUUUUACUACAAAAAUUGUGAACUUGAUGAAAUCAGAGGGAUUAUAUGCUUCACAAGGAGGUCCAAUCAUACUCUCGCAGAUUGAAAAUGAAUAUCAAAAUGUGGAAGCAGCAUUCCACGAGAAAGGACCUGCCUACGUUCGAUGGGCUGCAAAAAUGGCAGUCGACCUCCAAACUGGUGUGCCAUGGGUGAUGUGCAAGCAAACUGAUGCUCCUGAUCCAGUGAUCAAUACCUGCAAUGGAAUGCAAUGUGGGAAGACUUUUGGAGGACCAAACUCACCUAAUAAACCCUCUAUGUGGACAGAGAAUUGGACGUCAUUCUAUCAAGUGUAUGGCGGAGAACCAUACAUAAGAUCUGCUGAAAAUAUUGCAUUUCACGUUGCGCUUUUUAUAGCUCGGCUGAAUGGAAGCUAUGUAAACUACUACAUGUAUCAUGGUGGAACUAACUUUGGAAGAACAAGCUCUGCAUAUGUCAUAACAGGUUAUUAUGAUCAAGCUCCGCUAGAUGAAUAUGGUUUGUUAAGGCAACCCAAAUGGGGUCAUCUUAAGCAAUUGCAUGCUGCAUUUAGAAACUGCUCGACAACUUUACUGCAGGGAAUGAGAACUAAUUUUUCUUUAGGUCAACUUCAAGAGGCCUAUGUCUUUCAAGAAGAAAGUGCUGGAAGAUGUGUUGCAUUUCUAGUAAAUAACGAUGAAAAAACUAAUGCUACUGUUCAAUUUCGAAAUAUAUCAUACGACCUGAUGCCAAUGUCAAUCAGCAUUCUACCAGACUGUGAAAAUGUGAUUUUCAACACUGCAAAGGUGAAUACAAGCUCUAACAAAAGAAUUACAAGAUCAGCUCAAAUCUUUGAUUCAGUGGAUAGUUGGGAGGGGUCUAAAGAUGUCAUCCAAAAUUUUGAACCUACAAUAUCUCUACAAUCGGAUACACUACUUGAGCACAUGAACGUGACCAAAGACAAAUCUGAUUAUCUUUGGUAUACUAUGAGAUUUCAGCACAACAUUUCUUGCACUGAACCAGUACUUCGUGUAGAGUCCUUCGGACAUGUAACACAUGCUUUCGUGAAUGGCAUAAACACAGGAAAUGCACAUGGCAGUCAUGAUACCAAACAAUUCAUUAUGGAGAUUCCAGUUCUGUUAAACGAUGGAAGUAACAAUAUUUCUUUGCUAAGCGUUAUGGUUGGACUACCGGACUCGGGUGCUUUUCUUGAAAGCAAAUUUGCUGGCUUGAAAAGAGUUGAAAUUCACUGCAACGAAACCGAUCAAUUUUACAAUUUUACUAACUAUGCAUGGGGAUACCAGGUUGGGUUACUUGGAGAAAAGUUGCAAAUAUAUAGAGAAGAAAAUCUGGACAACAUUGAAUGGAACAAUAUUGAAGGCUAUUUUAAUCAAUCACUGACUUGGUACAUGACAUUUUUCGAUGCACCUGUGGGAAAUGAUCCAGUCGGCUUAAACCUUAGCUCAAUGGCAAAGGGCGAAGCUUGGAUUAAUGGACAAAGUAUUGGUCGAUAUUGGGUUUCAUUCCUUACUUCGAAAGGCCAACCUUCACAAUCGAUGUACCACGUUCCUCGAUCAUUCUUAAAAGAUUCUGAAAACCUUUUAGUUUUGCUCGAAGAAGUUGGUGGAAACCCUCUUCACAUUUCUUUAGAUACUAUUUCACUUUCCUCUCUAUCUGAAAGUACUUCUUAUCAUCAGAUCCCAUCAAUAAGUUUAGAGUGAUCACUUAUUUAAAUAGUCAAGAAAUUUAUAGAGUAUAACCACAUAAAUGUCAUCAUCCUCAUUUGCCAAGAAAAUUUCUUUACAGUUGUACAUACUUAUAUUAGUGUGGCUAUUCAUGUAAAUGGUCAUAGGGAUAUACUUGUGAUGGUUUGGUACUUGUAACUCUAGUAACCCUACCUCUCUCUAUAAAAAAGUGGAUUUUUCAGAUGAAUAAUACACACAAUUCCUUUGUCUCCAAACACUCUCUUACUUUUAUAUUUCACAACAUGUUAUUAUCAUGAAUAGCUCUGAGAUUCGGAUUGUCAACUAGAAGAGACUAAUAACUCUUGGGUUGGAUUGCCAAAAAGAAGAGGUGAAUCAUCAUUCAAUCAACAUGACCCUACUAGCUCUACAACAAAGUAGGCUUUCUAAAUCUGAAUUUUUAUUAAUGUUUAUCAAGCCUUUGAUUGAAUAUGACAAAUCACCAUGAAGCAUGAACCCUAGCUAUUUUGUUUCAAAUCUUAAAUCUACAUGCUUAUUAAACCAUGAUAGUAUGUAAAGAUCCCCUAUGAGGCUAUAAUGCAUGAACCCAAAAUAUGUCUAAUUAAUUAUUUUAUUUGGAAUAUUUUUGUUCAUGCUUUGGAUUGAUUGAUUGAAAAAAGAAAAGGGAGAAAUUAGGGUUUUUAGGAUUGCAGCUGGCAGCCCAAGCCACUUAUCCAAACCGGUACGUAGCUCAGCCCAAGCCGCAAGGCCCGCUACCACGUCAGCCCAAAGCAAAUCCACGCCAGGCAUAUUGUUACUAAAGCAACCCCUUUGCCUGAAGCAAAUGUUGUUGAUCAUCGCGAACCUAAUUGUGAAAGAAGAAAUUGGGGCCAUGGAAGGGACAGAAGGUUCGAUCGUCCGAAACGAGGAAGAAGAUGUGGCCCAUAUAUAUGGCCAUCAGCCGUGUGGCUAAAGCUCACGUAAUCUGGGCCCAUGUCGCCAAGGCCCACAUGGUGGGAACCGUGGUGCCCCAGCUAAACAAGCUCGAGUUGAAAGGAACACUAUUUCAGCCUUUCGCCACCAGAAUCAGUAGGAUAUUUGAUAUCAGUGUAGAUAAAUUGAUCACUGGUCUCGCACUUGCCGUGCGGAAGCAGAUUUUGUAAAUGAGUAUCACACCGGUCGUGGAACUCGAGUGGCCAACUUUUCAAAGGGCCAAUUCCUAUGGAUACCACACUAGAGAUCACAUAUUUCCAGGCAGGUACUGGACAUACCAAGGAUUGAAACUCGAAGAUAUGGAUAUGAUU